UUCCGAUCAACUUCUGGCUACGCCACUUGCGGCUACUAGUUGAGAUCACCUUUGAGGGUCAUGGUGUGAUGAGCGUAAAUGCUAUAGACCUCGUCGUCCCGCAUGCCCUUCACAGACUUGUUAUCCUGUCCACGAUCUGAAACUUCUUGUCUCAGCCGCUUGUGAAGCGAAUUACUCUUUCGCUUCCCUCAUCUCAUACCCCACGUGGGAAGCCGUCGUGGAUGGGAGUGGGAAUCAUUUUCAUUUGAUUUGCACGACCUGCCAGGAUGGGUUUCCUUAAGUCGUACUUCGCUCCUGGCCACGUCAAGAAGGAGGAAGUUAGGGAAAACGACAGGAAGCCAGUGGAAGAGCCUAAAUUAACAAUUCCAAGCGUCCAGAAGCCCACCGCGCGUGUCUCGGUUCUCUCUUCUGGCCUAGCUCCGGGCAUAGCAGUACCAAGAAGUCCAUAUGGUUUGCAAUUGGAAAAACUGUCAUCGCAGCCAGAACCGCAGCCAGAGCCACAACCAGAACCGCAGCCAGAGCCACAACCAGAACCAUGGCCAGAGCUACUGCCAGAGCUACUGCCAGAGCUACUGCCGGAUCUACUGCCAGAACCACUGCCAGAACCAUUGCCAGAACCACUGCCUAUUCAGGGACCAAUCACUCCAUCGACAUCACCCCCAAUAUUUCUGCACUUACCACAGGAAACACUGGAGGGGAUACCGCGGUCGGUACCAUCACCACCAAUACCACGGCCAGCAUCCACUUGCCCAAGUUCAAUAUACCCCACGGGGGAUUUUCGAAAUGCUCGAGAAAGCAUAAUCGAUGUCAAGGCAGACGUUGCGUGUAGUUGGCUAUACCAGCAACAGCUGGAAAGACAAUAUUCAUCCGGUUUGCUGCCCGGAGAAGGCGUGGUACUGAAGAAGGGAAGGAACAACUAUACGUGUUGUCCACCACUGCUUCGAGAUACUCCUAACAGUCUAUAUGACAUGACCAUGGAACUCAACGUUCGGUGCGCUAUGACGGUGAACACCAGAGUGAUUAACGUUAUACUCUCCUCGAGGAGAACAACACAUAAUUAUAUUCCGCUUUCUGAUAACCUCCGCCUGCAAGUACUCCCUAGUAUUCGCGAGUUGCCCCGGUGCCAAAAGCACCACUUUGCUGCAUUUAUCCAAGACACACAGAUCCUCGUCGUGUGGGAUGAUGAGCCCAAGAAGGUUCUAGCAAGAGCAGAUGCUCUAGAAAGACAAUUAAUGAGGAUGAUUUGGGGCCCAGGUGAUGAGGAGAAUGAGCAAGAGGAAGAAAAGGAAGAAAAGGAAGAAAAGGGUGAGUCUGGGCAAGGAACUGAAGUAGACUCAACCGUAAUCGAUCUAGAGGCGGCAACCGAAGCUGAGAUAAGGGCGACCAAACUCGGCAGCCCAUUCAUUGUGGCCGUGACCCUAGCCCUUUGCAUAACAUGCAUGGGACUUGGUCUGAGGUCUCUUGCAUAUGAAAUCGCAACUGAUGGGUCGUGGGCACGACUGGCACUUGCUGCUGUGAUCCCGAUUGAGAUGUGGGUGGCUAUGUUCUUUUUCCAAUCGCUGGUCACCAACAUCUACCAAACAAUUGGGCCUAUAUCUGCCGUCCAAAGAAACUCAAGGUUCUAUUCCGGCAAGUCCCCAAAGCGACUCAACCGGGAGGUCUGCACUCUCCCCCAUGUCACCAUCCAGAUGCCCGUGUACAAAGAGGGCCUGAGGGGUGUAAUUAUGCCGACUGUUCAAUCGCUUAUGCGGUGUAUCUCGACGUACGAGUUACAAGGCGGUUCUGCUAAUAUCUUUGUGAACGACGAUGGCAUGCAGCUCAUCCCGGAAGAAGAAGCCCAAGCCCGACGAGAUUUCUACGACGAGAGCAACAUCGGCUGGGUCUCUCGACCGAAGCACAACCCCAAACCGGAGGAUGGAAGCCGACCGUUUCUCCGGCGUGGUAAGUUCAAGAAAGCGUCUAACAUGAACUACGCCAUGAUGAUAAGUAAUCGCGUCGAGGACAAACUAGUGCUGGUUCCAAGACACGAGAAUUGGACUCAGGAUGACGAAUAUGUUGCUUAUGAGCAAUGCCUUGCGGCAGUCCUGCGCGAAGACAACGGCCGGACUUGGGCAGAGGGAAAUAUCCGUAUCGGCGACUAUAUCCUGAUUAUCGACUCUGAUACUCGUGUCCCAGAAGAUUGCCUGUUAGAUGCCGUCAGCGAGAUGGAGCAGUCACCUCAGGUAGCUAUAUUGCAGUUCACAUCUGGAGUCAUGCGAGUGACGGCGUCUUUCUUCGAGGGAGGUGUAACGUGGUUCACUAAUCUCAUCUAUACCGCCAUCACUUUCGUUGUGGCGAAUGGUGAUGCUUGCCCCUUUGUUGGCCACAAUGCUAUGCUCCGGUGGUCUGCCAUUCAGGAUGCCACCGCGUACAAAGACGAGGAUGGCUACGAGAAGUUCUGGUCCGAGUCGCACGUGUCAGAGGAUUUCGAGAUGUCCCUCCAACUCCAAUGUGCCGGUUACGAGCUUAGAUUUGCGUCUUACACCGGGGAUGGCUUCCAGGAAGGCGUCUCUUUGACCGUAUACGACGAACUAUCCCGAUGGGAAAAGUACGCUUACGGUUGCAAUGAAUUGCUAUUUCACCCCCUGAGAUAUUGGCCUACCCGCGGUCCCGUCACUCCCCUGUUUCGCAAGUUCUUGUCCUCGGGCAUCCAUUUCCCCAAGAAGCUCACUAUCUGCACCUAUAUUGGCACGUACUACGCCAUCGGCGCCUGCUGGAUACUAACCCUUAUGAACUAUAUCCUCUCCGGCUGGUUCUUUGGACUGUACGACAAGUUCUAUAUAGACUCGUUCGCGAUUUACAUUUCCGUGAUCGUGGUCUUCACGGGGCUUGGGAACUUCUCUCUUGCCAUCUUGCGAUAUCGGCUAAAUCAUCAAUCACUGUUUGCAGGGCUCUGGAAUAACAUCAAGUGGAUCCCCUUGAUGACAAUUUUCCUCGGCGGCAUGUCCUUGCACGUCUCGCAAGCUCUACUUAGUCACUUCCUCAGCAUCGACAUGACAUGGGGUGCGACGGCAAAGGAAUUGGAGGAUGUCAACUUCCUCGAAGAGAUCCCACGGCUCUUCCAGCGCUUCAAGGGCACCUUCUUGUGGUGUACUCUGAUGACGGCGCUCAUUAUAUGCGGCUAUUAUGCCUUCCCUAUCGAGUGGAGAAUCGUCCAUCUAGCGUCUAUCUGGCCGCUCGCCUGGAUCGUCGGUUGCCACUUUUUGCUGCCGGUGGUAUUGAACCCGGCACUCAUGGUGUUUGCGUGGUGAUCUACGUGGGGGUGUUUUCAACAACUCCGAGUAAUAGUUAAGUGAAGAAAUUGUGUUUUUAUAGAAGUGUAUUCUUGGUUUCUUGGCGUUUCCAGUCUGCUAGGAAGGAGGGUGGGUAGGCUCGGG